CGUCGCUGAAGGAGCUGCGGGACAGAGUCUGGCCAGAGUGAGGGAGAAGGCAGGAAAACUGCAGUCGUUCAUGUUCAAGAGGGACUCGAGCUGACCAUGCCUGACUUGUGAAAACGUAACUCAUCCUGAAACGCAAUGUCCCUGUUGUUUACUCGUUCCAAGUCAAUAGUUGCAGUGAAGAAGGAUAAAAGACACAUGGCUGAGGUAAAUGCUUCUCCGCUUAAACAUUUUGUCACUGCAAAGAAGAAAAUCAAUGGUAUCUUUGAACAGUUGGCUGCAUACAUCAAUGAGAGUUCCUCGUUCCUGGAAGAAACACACAAGAACAUAGAGCUUGAUCCUGUCACCACAGAAGAGCAGGUGCUAGAAGUCAAAGGCUACUUGUCAAAAGUCAGCGGCAUUAGUGAAGUGUUGGCAAGACGACACAUGAAAGUUGCUUUUUUUGGAAGGACAAGCAAUGGGAAAAGCACUGUGAUAAAUGCCAUGCUAUGGGACAAAGUCCUUCCUUCAGGAAUUGGACACACCACUAAUUGUUUCCUGCGUGUAGAAGGGACAGACGGACAUGAAGCUUUCCUGCUUACUGAAGGCUCAGAGGAGAAGAAGAGUGUUAAGACAGUAAACCAGCUGGCUCAUGCCCUUCAUCAAGAUGAACUUCUGAAUGCUGGCAGCCUAGUCAGCGUAAUGUGGCCCAAUUCCAAAUGUCCUCUCUUAAAGGAUGACCUGGUGCUGAUGGACAGCCCUGGCAUUGAUGUAACCACAGAGCUGGACAGCUGGAUUGACAAAUUCUGUCUAGAUGCUGAUGUAUUUGUCCUGGUGGCAAAUUCUGAAUCAACAUUGAUGCAAACUGAGAAACAGUUCUUUCACAAGGUGAAUGAACGUCUGUCUCGACCCAAUAUAUUUAUUUUAAAUAACCGCUGGGAUGCAUCUGCCUCUGAACCAGAAUACAUGGAAGAGGUGCGUCGACAGCACAUGGAGCGGUGUACCAGUUUCCUGGUAGAUGAGCUGGGCGUGGUGGAUCGAGCCCAGGCAGGGGAUCGAAUUUUCUUUGUGUCGGCAAAAGAAGUGCUGAAUGCCAGGAUUCAGAGGGCUCAAGGGAUGCCAGAAGGAGGUGGAGCAUUGGCAGAUGGAUUUCAAGUAAGAAUGUUUGAGUUUCAGAACUUCGAGAGAAGAUUUGAGGAAUGUAUCUCACAGUCAGCAGUAAAGACAAAAUUUGAGCAGCAUACAGUGAGAGCAAAGCAGAUUGCGGAAGAUGUUCGUCUCAUCAUGGAUUCUGUGCAUAUUGCUGCCCAGGAACAGCGAGUUUACUGUCUGGAAAUGCGAGAGGAACGACAGGAACGUUUAGGUUUUAUUGACAAACAGCUGGAGCUCCUUACUCAAGACUACAAGCGAAAAAUAAAACAGAUCACAGAAGAAGUGGAGAGGCAGGUGUCAAAUGCAAUGGCAGAAGAAAUCAGACGGCUUUCAGUGUUGGUAGAUGAAUACCAAGCAGACUUCCAUCCAUCUCAAGUAGUUCUUAAAGUUUACAAGAGUGAGCUGCAUAAACACAUUGAGGAAGGCCUGGGCCGUAACAUGUCAGAUCGUUGCUCCAAUGCAAUCACAGCUUCCCUGCAGACAAUGCAGCAAGAAAUGAUAGAUGGUUUAAAACCCCUUCUCCCAGUCUCUUUGCGGGGCCAGAUAGACAUGUUAAUUCCCCGGCAGUGCUUCAUGCUGAGCUAUGAUCUGAACUGUGACAAGCUUUGUGCUGACUUCCAAGAGGAUAUAGAAUUCCAUUUCUCUCUCGGAUGGACGAUGCUGGUGAACAGGUUUUUGGGACCAAAGAAUGGUCGUCGGGCCUUGAUGGGCUAUAAUGACCAGGUUCAACGCCCUUUAACACCAGCAAAUCCCAGUCUGCCUCCUUUGCCUCAGGGCUCUAUGACGCAGGAAGAGCUCAUGGUGUCGAUGGUGACUGGACUGGCGUCAUUAACUUCCCGAACUUCCAUGGGAAUCAUCGUGGUUGGUGGUGUGGUCUGGAAGGCUGUGGGUUGGAGACUGAUCGCUCUCUCUUUUGGCCUUUAUGGGCUCCUUUACGUAUAUGAGCGCCUCACCUGGACCACAAAAGCGAAAGAGAGAGCCUUCAAACGGCAGUUUGUAGAGUAUGCUGGUGAGAAAUUGCAGCUCAUCGUCAGUUAUACUGGUUCUAAUUGCAGCCACCAAGUCCAACAAGAGCUUGCUGGAACAUUUGCUCAUUUGUGUCAGCAAGUGGAUGUCACACGGGAGAAUCUUGAGCAGGAAAUUUCUGCCAUGAAUAAAAAAAUCGAAGUUCUGGAUUCACUGCAGAGCAAAGCAAAACUGCUCAGGAAUAAAGCGGGUUGGCUUGACAGUGAACUCAACAUGUUCACACAUCAGUACUUGCAGCAAAGCAGAUAGUGUGGGAAGAAGAGAAAAACAACACUGUUUCCCUUCAGUGCUCUCUGAAUUACUGCAGAGAACAUGGUGGGUGAUGGAAUUCCGUAAAGGGAAUGAGCAAAAGCCUGUUGCUAUGUUUCCAGUUGCUGUGUGAACAAUAGGAUUCUGCUUCCCCGUUUUGUGUCCCACCUCUAAACACUAGCUGUUCAUAACUCUACUUUUUCCUUCUUGUGAGACCAGGCUACUUCAGAAGGAAUGUGUGCUUCAUACAUUUACAGGGGGCUUUUUAAAGCAAAAUCAAGUACAGUAACAAAUUUAAAACAAACAAACAAAUGUUUAUCAGGUUCAAAGUUAUUGUGACACGUCUUUAUGGAGUCAUUCAUUUUACUACAUGAAGAUAGAACUUUUGACUUCCAAGCCCCAAGUUUAUGUAUGUGUGACAGGCAGCUGUUUGUCUAAACACAGAUCCUAUGCACACAGACGUAAUGAUGGUUUCACAAUGCAUUUAUAGCCCAUGCAGGCCUAUCCCCUAGGUUAGUAUUCCGUUAUUAUAGAACAUGAAGAGAAUCACUGUGUCCCUUCAUAGAAAGGUUUAUUACUGUCAGUAUGUUUGAAUCUAUGAACAAAACCCAGUUCUCUUGCAGAGCAAGAGGGACUAAGAUUUUGCUUUGGUAAGCUUAUUGUCUUUCGAGUUAGUUUCUUCCUCUUAAGAGUGCUUUAGUAAUGCAGUCUGGCCCAUUUCAUGUCAUGGACAAAUAGUUUGCAAAGACAUAACUAGCUCCUGUGAAGGAGGUAGUGCUGAUAAUUUGGCGGCUUGUUGAGGAAGAAAAGUAGGAAAGAAAAGCCAGUUGACAGAAUGUAACGAACUGCCUUAUGAGAUAAGUUGAUGAAUGUGGGGUUUUUUUGGAAAUGCCCAGCUGUGUUUCUGGAAGCAGGCCUUUGGAAUUCUACUACCACUAUUUGGCCACAAGAACAGCUUGCAGAUUACAAGCUGUAGGAGAUUUUGCUUCAUGUAGAGUUCCCAUAGGAUGUUCCAGUCUGUGCAGUAACACGAUUUGACGUUGUUUCUCUUCUGUUAAAGGUAUGAGAAUGAGCUGGCAAGUGCAGCUCCUCUGGGACGGGCGGGGAGACCUGUCCCUUGUAUUUCAUGCCAGGGCAAGAAUGAGUUAAGGCAACUUAUUUUGUUAAAGGCAUUCUUUAUUUGCAAAUAGAUGAAAUUAAUCAUUGAGUUUUGCCCUGAAGCAAUUUUGAAUUUGGAGUAUAAGAUUUGGGAAUUGUAAGGACUUGAGUCUCUUCCUGUUGGAAUUGAUAGAGGAGAAAUUCCCACUGAUUUCAGUAGUACUAGGAUGAGGUUCCUAUGUGCAAAGUUUCUUUUCCACUUGGUGGGUCAGUAUUUUACCAUGUGUUGGGUGUUACCUUUCUGUUCCCCACAAAACAUGUGAGGAAUCCAGAAUCAGAUCCUGUAUUUCUGAGGUUGGUGACAACCUAAAUCUGUUCAGCAUCAAACUUGAGAGAAUAUGGGCUAUCUUUGAGCAGGUCCCGGCUGAAUUCAGAACUACUAAGCAGUGGGGUUUCUUUUUCUUAUGGACAAUGAGACUUUCCACUUGAAAAUGGUAUCAGCUGGCCUUAGGAUUUCUCAUUCAUGCUCAGGUGUGAAUAUACGUGCCUGUGACAAGUCCCCUGUUUUGUGCGUCACAAAAGUUCCAGAAAGAAGAAGCUGCCUGAUACUUUAGGGAGUAUAAAUAGUGAAAUGUCAGUAAGUGCUUUAGGCUGUUCUAAGAUUUGCAAUAAGACUUGAAGUAUCUUGAUCAUGUAAGAGCUGGCAGUGAGACUCUUCUUAUGUCCCUGGAAUGCAGGAAGCAAACAAACCUUUCACUUCCAGUAGACAGCUUUGAAUCCAACCCAAACUGAAAAGCCUUUUUCAUCAGAGGGCUUCAUUUGGCCUUGGUCGGUUUCCUCAGACAACCACCAGGACAUAAAUAUGGCUUGGAUCAGAUCUGAGAAUGAGUAAGAAAGAAAUUUGAGUCCUUGCCUCUGGAAAUGUGUUCUCUAGGCUUGUGGUGAAGUAUACCGGAAUAAGUGGAAUCAUCCACUGUUAUUCUGCUGCAGGUAUUAUGUGAAUAAAUUCGGAUCUCUAGUCUCUCAGGCUAUCACAUACACAUUUAUAACAGGCUAUGUACUAUGCUAUUGAGUUAAAACAUUAAGCACAUCCCUCAAACACCAGGAAAUUGUCAAUUCCAGGCAGAGGGAGAUGAUGAUGUACUAGUGCUCAGCACCUCUAGGCUACCUGAAAUGCUGACCUUGCUUUUGAAGACAUGUGGUGUUAGCAUCUCUUCAGCAGGCCUUUAGGGGAAAUCUGAUAAAUAAGCUGAUCUUUAAGCCAGUGUCAGAUCUGUAAAGGGAAAAGAGAUUGAUGGGUUCUUAGAAUCUGGUGUCUUGCCCAUGAGUGUGUUUCUGACACUGUUCAGAUUUUGGUGGUGUAGGCAUUCUCACUGCAGUGCUGAAACCUAACCUAUAGAACGGGGGAAAGAACCGCUUGAAUUUUUUAAGAAGCAAAACUGCUAACAUGGGAGGGAAGAAUUUUGAAGUGUGUGUAACCCUUGUCCCUAGAAGCCCGAGUGAUGGAGAAUCAAACUUUUAACAGAAAGGCCUAUGAGCUGGAUUCCUCUUAAACAAAAUACAGCUGUACUUCUUUAAUUCGGAAUGGUGGAGGAAUGAACACUAUCAGCAAGGAGGCUGUUCUCUUCUGAUUUUCAUAAAGAAUGAUAAACUAAUCUUUAGAAAGGCUAAUUCCAAAAACAAUCUUCCCCAAACUCUUAUUAAAGAAGGUCAGCUAAAUGCACUUUAUCUUAUUGCUGCUACUUAUUUUUCUCAUUCUGUUAUGUUGAUGGAGCUCUUCAAAAUACUCUUACCAGUGAGUUUUUUCUCUGCUGUAUUUAAGGUGAUAAAUUUGCAUGAAUUAUUCCUGUAUCAAUGCUGUAAACAAUGGAAACCAAAAUAAAAAUGAAUUGGAAAAAUAUUUCUCCUGAUGUGUUCU